CUUUGCUGUUAUUGUACUACUGAAUGAAUUCUUUUCUCGUCGGGCUAUGAUAGCAUCGGGAGCAAUGAGAUAUGGAUUGUUGGGAUUGGUCUACCCAUGGAUUGUACCUAUUUACAAGUGGUAUCGUGCUGAAUUGUGCGCAAAAGAUAUUGUAACGUUCAAGCCUCACUUUAUGCGACAACUACUGAUAAAGACAUCACUCAUAAAGCGGCUUACCGACACAAGCUUUACUGAUAAAUUAUCUCCAUAUUUGCCAUUUUUAUCGCCAUUAUCCAGAGCAGAGCAAAUGAAGAUGCUGAAGCAAUUGCCUCCCGAGUCGCAACUAAUGAUGACCAGAGCGGGUCUUUAUCGUUAUUGUCGAGUUCAAUUCAGAAUACUUCCAAAAAGCAUUGACUGUGAUUCUGAAGUCGACGAAUGCAAAUAAGUGACAUUCGGGAUCGCCUAGGGCAUGUUACGACACGUAUGACGCUAGCAAAGCAGGAGAGUGAGGAUAUUUUCAAGAAGCAAAUGCAGCCCUCGACUUACUUAGCACUCCAUUCGACAUCAGGCUUUGAUUUUCAUCGUUCUCAUGUCGUACGAACAUUUCAAAUGCCACUUUCACGUGAUCCAGUGCUUCAUGAAAUCAUGACGUCGAGGAUGUGGAAUCUCUGCAAGAUCAUUUUGGUUAAACUACCGACUGCAAGGAUGUUACAUCGAACUGCCGCAAUCUCAAGCGCUUUAUUAGUGAUGCAAUUGUAUGUUUCCAAAAAAAGUCGUAGAGCUUUGUCUUCGUUCAAUUCAUCGCUUCCUCGGCAUUCAGUUCGGUUGCCUGUUUCGCACUUUUCCUGCGAUUUGUGCAAUUGCUCGAUACAAAGACGACAGUGCCACUUUUUCGGUAUGCCAAGCAUUUUCUUUUGCAAAGCGUAAAUACGUUGACCAUUGCGGCUCACUCGGCGACUGAAAAGAUCUUGACGUUGCGUACUGCUGCUUCCUCUGUGUUGAUUGUGAUGGCUGCGGUGUAUGUUAUUUGGAAAAUGCGUCAGUUAACGACGUAGUAGAUAAAGUUUAGAUCAUUUAUUAGUAUAUUGUCGCUGGAUACAAAAAUCACGUGUGUUUAAUGUGUUGCCUCAUUGACUUAGCAUUUUUCAGAUCGUCAGAGAGAGAGAAGCAUUGCUUACUCAAAUGCUCACUAGUGAAGUGUCUAUAUUUGCG